GUCAGAUCAAAUCCAAAUGUCGCCCCCAUAAAAAUCAUCAUCACUCUCAUCACUUUUUCUUUUUCACUUUAACUAAAAUUUUAAUUUAAGUUUUUUUUAUUUCUUUCGUUCUAGAAAUAUUUGAAAAAAAAAGAACUGAAAAACCUGUUAUAACGGAAAAGCUAAAAAGGAAAAAAAAAAAAAAGAAGAAAGAAAAGAAAAGAGAAAUUGCAUUUUGUUCGUCGUCGAUCUGUGUAAUGUAUAUCCCAAAUUUCCCCACGAUCAAUUCUUCUUGAUUUCUUUCUCUAAGAUCUCUCCCACCACAUUUCCCUUCCUCUCUCAGGAUUCUUCCCGAACUUCUCAAACGUUUUUGCUCGAUACUGUCAUGAAUUCCGAGUUGCCAGUAUAUACAAGUGAAAAUGGGGAUCAAGGUAGCUUAGGUGAAAUUCUAAAUGCGGAUGUUGCAGAACGAAGAGAAAAUUCAAAAGGAGUUCAUCAUGAAGGUGAUAAGUUUGGUGAUAUUUUCCAGUUGAAGCAUGGAUCCUUUGCUGACCUUCCAGCUGCGAGAAUUUCAGAAAUGAUGAAAGUGGAAAGUUUAGAGAAUGCCUCCACUCAAUCACUUUUUGCUGUUGUAAGUAAGAUUCUGGAUGAAAGCAUUGAGAGGAAGAAUGGUGACAUUCCUCUGCGGGUAGCAUCCUUACUAAAAUUGGUAGUGCAAGAGAUCGAGCAGCGGGUUUCUAAAUAUCCUGAAAACAUGAAAAAGCAAAGUAAUUUGUUUAAGUCUCGUGAAGAGAGAUACCAGUCAAAGAUUAGGGCCCUUGAAACCCUUACCCUGGGUUCAACAGAUGAAAAGGAGAUCAUAAUGAACCAGCUUCAGCAAAUGAAGAUUGAGAAGGUAAGAGCUGACGAGGAGAGAAAGGAAGAAGAACACCACUUAAUCAGGAUACAGACAGAAAAGGACCAUUAUGAGAUUAAAUUGUCAGCGUUGAAACAAGAGAUGGAAUUGGCAAAGAAAACACAUGAAAACAACUGUUCCCAGCUGGAAAUACAAGCUUCAAAAUCCAAAGCGGACUUGCAAAGCAAAAUAUUGGAACUGGAGCUCCUUCUGAAUGACUCAAGAAAAAAGGUGAAAGAACUUGAAAACUUUGCGCAAUCUAAAUCAUUGAGAUGGAGAAGGAAAGAACACAAUUACCAGCACUUCAUUGAUUCUCAUCAGGCUUCCCUGCAGGACCUGAGAACAGUGUCCGACUCGAUAAAGAAAGAGAUUUUGAAUACCAAAAUGAUCUACAUUGACGAAAUUAAUCAAUUUGGUUGGGAGCUUAAAGGAUUAGUGGAUGCUGCUCAGAAUUACCAUGCAGUACUUGCAGAAAACAGGAAGUUGUACAAUGAGAUCCAAGAUUUAAAAGGCAAUAUUAGAGUCUACUGCCGAAUUAGACCAUUCCUUCCAGGACAAAGUCAAAAGCAAACUACAAUUGAAUAUAUUGGCGAAAAUGGAGAGCUGAUAGUUACAAACCCCUUAAAACAAGGAAAAGACAAUCAUCGUCUGUUCAAGUUCAAUAAAGUCUUUGGUCCAGCAGCUACUCAAGAGGAGGUGUUUCUAGACACUCGGCCACUAAUUAGAUCUGUUCUUGACGGGUUCAAUGUUUGCAUAUUUGCCUAUGGCCAAACUGGUUCAGGGAAAACUUAUACUAUGAGUGGUCCUAGUGUAUCAUCUGUUGAAGAUUGGGGAGUCAAUUAUCGGGCUCUAAAUGAUUUGUUCGACAUCUCUAGAAGCCGAAAGAGUUCCAUCAAGUAUGAAAUUGGCGUACAGAUGGUUGAAAUAUAUAAUGAACAAGUGCGUGACUUACUGAGCAAUGAAAGCUCUCAGAAGAGACUUGGGAUUUGGAAUACCACUCAACCAAAUGGCCUAGCUGUCCCUGAUGCAAGCAUGCACCCCGUCAAAUCAACUGCAGAUGUCUUAGAGUUUAUGAAGAUUGGCUUGAUGAACAGGGUUGUUGGUGCAACUGCCCUCAAUGAAAGAAGCAGCCGCUCUCACAGCGUCCUCACUGUUCACGUCUUUGGGACAGACUUGAAGACCAAUGCUGUUUUACGUGGUUGUCUACAUCUGAUAGAUCUUGCUGGUAGUGAAAGAGUAGAUCGCUCUGAGGCAACAGGGGAUCGUCUGAAGGAAGCGCAACAUAUAAACAAGUCUUUGUCUGCUCUUGGAGAUGUGAUUUUUGCACUAGCACAAAAGAAUUCUCAUGUGCCAUAUAGAAACAGCAAACUAACUCAAGUUCUUCAAAGUUCUUUAGGUGGGCAAGCCAAGACCAUUAUGUUUGUUCAACUUAAUCCUGAUUUGGAAUCAUAUUCUGAAACUGUGAGUACCUUGAAGUUUGCCGAACGAGUUUCUGGUGUUGAACUGGGUGCUGCCCGGGUAAAUAAAGAGGGUAGGGGAAUCAGAGAGCUGAUGGAACAGGUGGCCUCCCUCAAGGACCAACUUGCAAGUAAGGAUGAGGAGAUAGGAAGGUUAAGGCUGCUCAGACCCAAUAGUGGUGAGAGGCAUGGAAUGAAUACACAAAGAUAUGGGUCAGCUUCUCCUAGAAGGCAUUCUGUGGGUACAUCUCAGCAAAGCCGGAAAUUAUCAGCAUCAAGAAGCCUUGGGGUUAAAGCUGCUUCUGAUUUGGACAAUAGCUCUGAGUGCAGUGAUAGGCAUUCUGAUGCUGGAUCACAGCAGUCGGUUGAAGACUUCAAGUAUCCAAGGGAUAUAUAUCAGCAAUCGAGGCUUGCAUUAGCUCAUGGCGACCAAAAUUUUUUGGAGGAUUUCAAUUUGAAGCAUGUUGUGCCAGAUGGAAAUCUCAGCCAUACAGAUGAUCCAGAGCUCUUGGGUUUCGGUGAUGCUGAUUCAGAAGAGAGGUUGAGUGAUAUAUCUGACAGUGUUCUGUCCAUGGGAACAGAAACUGAUGGUUCAGUAAGUAGUAUUGUUGAGUAUACUCUUUUCCCGGAGGCUGUGAAACAACCCGACGAGGCCACAGAAAAGUGAGUUUUCCUAGUAUAUGAUUUUUCUGCAUUUCAUUGCUGCUCGCCGUUGAAAGGAAAAACUAUUGUCGGCUAACUGACUUGUUUCUGAAUAAGUAUAGAUAAUGACAGUACAGAGUGUGAUGAGGUUCUUCUUCUUGUUACUGAUAAUUGUUAUCAUUUACCCAAAGAAAAGGUUUCAAAAAAUGGUUAUCAACACAUAGUUUAAGUUGCAGACAAAGUAAGACUAAUGCUUGGUUUUUGUGGUUUAUGGAUUUGGACUGGACUUGGGGGUAUAAUCUUUCCUGCCUUCAUUUUAUUGCAUGGUUGAAGACUGUACAUAGGGAGGUUUUGAUUUGUUCGUGAGUUUAAAUUAUUGCAUGGUGUAUAAUUAGAUUGUAUGCGAUUCCAUGGUGGUCCUCACUCCAACCUUAUCUGUAUGACUAGUGUUAUGUCCAUCAGUUUAUCACUAAUGAUAUUUGGGUCAAAAUUAGAUUGCAGCUAUUCUUUGUUGUUGAUGUCUUACGUGUUACUGAAUCAGUUUGAUGCUAGUCUGGAAAUAGUCGGACUUUCUAUGAUUGCAACCAUGACGAGAAAGAAGGAUAUGUUUGCAACCAUGACUUUCUUUGAUUGCCUAGUUUGUUGAUGUUUUCUUUAUCUGUGUCUUCUUCCUUUUCUCACUUGGACAUUUGGUUCCAGGCAACUGCAAGUUCCAUCGAAGCUUCCUAGACCCCAGCAAAAGCCCAGUGCAACUGCAAGUUCUCAGUUGUCUUCAACCAAGAGUCUCUCAAAAACUGCAAGUAAGAAUAUUACCUCCCAAAUAUUAUGUACCGUGCAUAAUCUUGAUCCAUAUUUGAAACUGGAAUGAAGAAUGAGGAACUGAUUUGAUUGGAUACCUGUAACUUUUAUUCUGUUAACCAAUUUGAUUGAUUCCUGUAACUUUUAAUCUGCUAACCAAUUCUUUUACAUCACCCACACACAUUCACAGGCGUGCACACACACACGCACAUUGUUUGUGAUUGUCCUUCUGGUUUCACUAUUUUAUCCGCCUCACUUACAGGUUCGAAAAGAGGCUCCUCGGGAACCUCAUCCGUGCAAAAAGGUAGCUCCUCGACAAGCAGAAUUUCUACUUCAAAACGAUGGGCAAAAUAGACAAAUUCAGCAGGAAAAACAAGCAAUCCUUCUUGUUUGUGUGGUGACUUCUGUUGUUGAUAGGGUGUCCCUAUUGUAGGCCUUUAACUAUCUAUCAUCUACAAAUUUGAAGCGAUGUAGAUACUUCAGUUCUUAAGUAUGACCAUAGGUUAAGCAAAAGUAGUUAGCAGAGAGUUUCAGUUAUUCCAUGUAUGAACAUGUCAAUACAUUAGCUAAUAUUUUAGCACUGGCUCAAGUGCAAAAAUAUACUAUAUAUUAUUUGUGAAAAAUUGCAGAAAAGUUCAUUAUUCUUCCAUCUGACCAUGUCAAUUCAAUUUAUGAAGAAAAAAACGAUAAUUUCUAUCUUCAUCCUCUUUCAAAGAAAGAAGCCAAAAACACAAUGGACAGCCUAACACAUCGUCUAUGAGAAAGAUAAUAGCUAAACUCUAUCUUCUACACAUCGUGAACAAACCACGGUUUCUUUAAGGAAUAGAACUAGUGGCCCGAAUAUGAAAAUCAUUACUCCAAACAGAAAGUGUGGUAAAAUCUUGCUGUAGCCUUCACCAAUGGCAAUCACCAAUGGACUGAUUGCUCCACCGAACACUAUGGCUUGCCAGACUAUUGACACUGCAGAAUUUCUGAUAGUUGUGGGAAAUAACUCUACUGUGUAAAUCAUCAACAAGUUGAAUGCUGCACAGGCACUAAAGAAGGACAUGAGUUGCAGUCCAAUUUGCAGCCAAACCCAUCUCUUAACUAAGAUACAGAUAAUACCACAUCCACCACUUAUGGUGCUUAAUGCCAGAAGUGAAGUCCUUCGCCUGCAUCUAGCCAAAUAGAAUGUCAACACUGCUGACGGAAUCUCCAACAUGGCGCUAAAAGCAACACUCAGGUAGAGGCUAAAGUCAAAGCUCCCGAGACCUAAUGGUGUGCCAUAGUAAAUCAAUCCAAUGCCAAAUCCGAUGAGCAUAGCCAUUGUCAGCUGUUGAAUGAUGCUCCUGUCUGACAUAAUUUUCAGCAGAGAUGGGUUAGGAGCUCCUCCUGUACUCUCUGGCCUGUUCAGAGUGUUUUGCCUGAUAUUGUCUGCCGAAAAGCUCAAGUUCUUGCGGUUAGGAUCUAGAUUUGCAUUGAGAACUGCCACAGCUUCGCGAACUCUACCUUGUUCAAGUAACCAUUUUGGUGACUCAUAAACACAGAACUCUAUCAACAUACAAUAAACAAUUGCUGGCGCAGAUGUUAAGAGGUAGAGACUUCUCCAUGAAUAAUCCCUAGCCAUAUAAGCUAUAGCAGGUAAGGACAUAUAACCAAGCGUUGAACACAAGAAGCCCACAACUCCAACCUUUCCUCUCCAUUGCUUUCCAACACUCUCUGUUGUUAAAACCAGGACGCAUGAUCCAAUAGCAGCGCGGCCUAAACCACUUACAGCCCUGAAACCCGAGUAGAUCCAUAUGUUGUUGGAGAAAGCAGUGAAGAUAGAAGCAGUAGACAUGGUCAAACAUGAGAGAAUUAAUAGCUUCUUUCGACCGAGUGAGUCUCCAAGGAAGCUGAGAAUGAUUCCUCCAAGGAGACAUCCCAUGAAGAAUGAUGAUGCUGGUAGGCCUGCAAGGAUUUUGUUGCUGGUACACAGGAGGGACCAAUCAGAUAUGAUAGAUGUCCGGGCUGGCCGGUCCCAUUGCCAUGAAUCUGCUGGAAGUUUGCAUAUGUUUGAUCCUGAAUUACAAGCAGUACUGUUGGAAGUGCCCUGUGUGUAGUGCCAAGAGGGAUUGGCGUCCGCGAAAAUAGUUAUGAAAGUUUGCUGAGCCUCAAAGAAGGAAGCCAUUGAAAUCAGGAUGACUUGUAAAGCUUGUGACCAUCUGAAUCCUCCAAUGUACUCUUCAAUAAAAUCAUCAAGAAUGUCUGCUUUGGAGGGUUCAACAUCAUCUGAAGAAUAGUUUGAGAGCAAUGGAGUUGAUUCCUCCUCCAUUUGAACUCAAAAAAAAUGGUUUCUGAUGCAAUGAAAAAAUUAUCUUCAAGCAGGACUGCAGUUUGCAAAUGUGUG